UGGGCUGCGGGAGGAGGGAACAUGGCGCUGGGUACCAGGGCAUCGCGGUGGCUGCUGCACCUGCCGGCCGGGAGUUGCCGCCUCCUGGUGCUGCUGUUGCUCUGCGUGCAGCUCGGGGGCGGACAGAAGAAGAAGGAGAAUCUGUUAGCGGAAAAGGUGGAACAGCUUAUGGAGUGGAGCUCAAGGCGCUCAGUCAUCCGCAUGAAUGGAGACAAAUUCAGAAGAUUUGUGAAGGCCCCACCUCGUAACUACUCUGUGAUUGUAAUGUUCACAGCUCUCCAGCCACAGAGACAAUGUUCUGUUUGCAGGCAAGCUAAUGAAGAAUAUCAAGUGCUGGCCAACUCAUGGCGCUACUCAUCUGCUUUUUCUAAUAAAUUAUUCUUCACUAUAGUGGAUUAUGAUGAAGGGGCAGAUGUUUUUCAACAGCUCAAUAUGAACUCUGCUCCGACAUUCAUGCAUUUUCCUCCGAAAGGUAAACCCAAGAGAGCUGACACCUUCGACCUGCAGAGAAUAGGAUUUGCAGCAGAGCAGCUAGCUAAAUGGAUAGCUGACAGAACGGAUGUUCAUAUUAGGGUAUUCAGGCCUCCGAACUAUUCUGGCACUAUUGCACUGGCUCUUUUAGUGUCACUUGUUGGUGGCUUGCUGUACUUGCGAAGAAAUAACUUGGAGUUCAUCUACAACAAGACUGGCUGGGCAAUGGCAGCUCUGUGUGUUGUGUUUGCUAUGACUUCUGGUCAAAUGUGGAAUCAUAUCCGGGGACCUCCAUAUGCUCAUAAGAAUCCUCAGAAUGGACAAGUGAGUUACAUACAUGGGAGCAGUCAGGCUCAAUUUGUUGCAGAAUCCCAUAUUAUACUACUACUGAAUGCUGCUAUCACCAUGGGAAUGGUUCUUCUGAAUGAAGCUGCUACUUCCAAAGGAGAUGUUGGAAAAAGGAGAAUAAUAUGCCUGGUAGGACUGGGACUGGUGGUUUUCUUCUUCAGCUUCCUGCUGUCGAUAUUCCGCUCCAAAUACCAUGGCUAUCCAUACAGCUUUAUUUUUGCAAUGGAACAAAUCUGUCAUGCGGUCAUCACAGGGGAUGUGAUCUUUCAGAGAGCUAGAGCCAAUAUUAUUCAGGUUUUUGAAAAUCAUGGACUAUGUCAAGAGAUAAACACCAAAUGAGAUGAUAUUCUGGGAGCCUUGUGUUUCCUGUGGUCUUGCCUUGCCUGUUUUUAUAUCUCCUUUCUGCUGAGUUAGGCCUUGUCUACACUACCCGGGUAAAUCAACCUAAGUUAUGCUACUCCAGCUAUGUGAAUAACGUAGAUGAAAUCGGCGUAGUUUAGGCCGACUUACCACAGUGUCUUCACUGUGCUGCAUCGAACGGAGAUGCUCUCUGGUCGACUUACAUUACUCUUCUCGGGGAGCUGGAAUACCGGAGUCGACCAGAGAACGCUCUGCUGUCGAUUUGCCAGGUCUUCACUAGACCUGCUAAAUCGACACCCGCUGCAUCAAUUGCAGCAGCAAUGAUCUCCCAGUAGUGAAGACGAGCCCUUAGUUAGAUACCACAUGCAUCUUUCCUGCUACACAGCAAUACAAUUAAAAACACUUGAUGGCCAUUGGUGCUCCUAUACCUGCAGCCUUAUCUAAAUGUAUUUGUCAGCAAACCCUGAAAGUUAAUACAUAUGGCAUUUUUAAAAAGUGAUGUUUGUGUGCUUAUUUAUAUUUGUUUUGAAAUGACUGUACCUUGAACUCUGAAGGAUUAAGCUAAUCAGACCCAAAGUACAGCACUAAUAAAAUAUUACUUAUUUCCUAGUGUACCAUGUUCCUGUGUAACUUGUGCUUCUUUAAGUUCUUCCCCAAAACACUCUGUUCCCA